ACGAAAAUAAAACGGAAACAUAUUUUGUAAAACUUACAAUUAAAGAAAAAUAUAUUUUGAAAUAAAUUUUAAAUUUUUUACUCUAAAGAAAAAUGUUGCGUAUACCAGGAAUGCCAUUAUUGCCGGGCACGGUAUUUCGAGAUAUAACUAAAACCCAUUUUCCUAAACAUCAACAUCUUAUGCACCAAAAAGGUGUUAGUAUGCUAUCGGAUCGUAAACCUCCGGGACUAGUAGAUGCCACUGGUAUGAUUGUCGAUCCCAAUUGUCCACCCGUACAAAUACCUUCUAUAUAUCCCCCAAAAGUGGGACCUAAAUUACCGCCCUGGAUUGCCUAUGACAAACAAGUUCUCUGCUUUAAUGCCUAUUUUAAGGAAACUUUACAGGAGGUCUAUCAUUGUCCGUAUCAAGUGAGAAAAGUUAAGAUUAUGUAUUAUUUAGAAGAUGGCACUAUACAGAUUAUAGAACCAAAAGUUAAAAAUUCCGGUAUACCACAGGGAUGUUUAGUGCAUCGUCAACGUAUACCAAAACCACCACCAUGUCAGACAGAUUUUAUAUCGAUUUUAGACUUAAAUGUUGAUAUUACUAUUGAGAUUUUUGAUAGAGUCUAUCAUAUAACAUCGUGUGAUAAGUUUACAAGACAUUUUUUGAAUAAAUCUGGUAUACCUGUACCGGAUCCAGUCGAUGAACCGGUGGAUCCCACUACCGAAAUGCGUAAACGAUCUGGCAUAAAAAUCAGCAAUCCUGUUCAAAAGAAACAUUCAUUUGCCCAGUUUUUAGAAUACGAUAGAAUGGUUUUAAAAUUUCAAGGCUACUGGGAUGAUCGUUCGGAAUUUGGCGAUGUAAGGAAACUAGAAGUUUGUUACUAUCUAUCCGAUGAUACCAUAGAUAUUAAGGAACAAUUUCCACGCAAUUCAGGAAGAGAGGGACCGUCAACGUUUUUGAAGAGGACCAAAUUGCCCAGGGAAUUUAGUGGUCUACCUCUACCGGGUCAACAGACCCCACAAAGUUUAUUAAAUGUAUUGGGCAAUAAUAUGCGUAAUGUACGCUAUGUAACCGAUCCUUUAGAUGUGGGACGUAAAGAUACUAUAUACUACACCGAUAAAGAUCUGCAGAUUGGUACAGUGUUAAACGUUUACGGUCGAGCAGUGGUUUUAACCGAUUGUGAUGACUUUACCAGAUCAUAUUAUCGUAAAAAAUAUGGUAUCGAAGAUUUUACCCCAGCUCCGGUGCCAUCUCGUUCGGAUGAUUAUGUACCGUCUAAACCACGUGAACGUAUUUUACCACCUUACAAUGGUUGGGGUUCCUAUGAAGAUUCUGAGGGUAAUUGCAUUUCCGUAGAACCCAAACCACCUCAAGCUGAUUUUAAGAAAUUUAUACAAUUGGAUCGUUAUGUUUUGCGCUUCGGUGCCAAAAUGCUUUCGACCAUUAAAGAGAAUUGUGAACGAGUAUUUAUUAUUUCGUAUUUUUUAUCCGAUGAUACAAUACAAAUAUUUGAAAUUGCUGCUAGAAAUUCGGGAUUUCUGGGUGGUGAGUUUUUAAAACGUACACGCAUACCGUUGCCGGGACAACAGAAAUUCACUUCGAGAAGACCACAAUAUUAUCAACCGUAUAAUUUCUAUAUCGGUGGCACUGUUAGUUUAAAGGAUCAUAUAUUUCAUAUAGUAUCGGCCGAUGAGUAUACAUUAAUUUAUAUGGAACAUCAUCCAAAUCAGUUCCCAUUAGCUGACGUCCAAACUAUCAUGAAUAAAGUUCGAGAAGCUUUACGCAAAGAUUACAAAGAUUUCGUUUGCAAAUGCCUAUCGCGGGAUGGUGGAGGGGAUCAUAAUGAAACUCGUUUUGUGGGUUAUGAAACUUUAAAACAAGCUCUGACCAGUGCUCUAGGAGAUAAUAUAACUAAUCAUGAAAUCAUAACUUUAUGUCGUCACUUCUCUGCCGAACAAGCACCACCCAGCACCUGUAAUAGAGAGACUAUACGAGCUGCUGUACAUCUUGAACUAAAACGUAGUCUAUGGAAUGCUAUGGAUGAACUAAAAGAGCAUUUAUUCCAUAUUAAUCCGCUUAACAAACCAUUUUUGUCGGAAGCUAAAUUAAGAUCAGUUUUAAAAGGCUGUCGCUUACCUUUUACACAGGAACUAAUCGAUGAUAUAAUGAUGGUUUUAAAUCAAAACGAUUGUGGUGAAAUAGAAGUUUGUGAUUUUGUAAAUUUCUUGGAUUUGGGUUGUGGCAAGACGGCUGAUAUUACGCCAGUUAAUAUAGCUUUUGAAUUGUGUCCUAAAAUUCCUUUCCUGCAUAAAGGUAGACUGAUAAAUUUCCAAUGUUUUCUCGAGCAUUUGGGUUUGGAGGAGUCACUCAAAAAGGAGGGUGAAUAAAGGGUAGAUAGUUGGGAUUUUUUUAAACAUUUGUUCUUUAAUCUCUUUCAAUUUAUGUUUUAUAAAUUCUUACGUUUUCUUUUUAUACAAAAAUCCUUAAAAACACUUUAUUUUUGUGAAACUUUAAAAAACAAAAUAAAA